GUCACGUGUUUUGACUUCCACUCAGCAUAUCGACUCCACCGGCCGUGACAAUCCAAAAUGCCUCGUGCAACUUCAGGACGUUUCUCGCGUGCCCACCAGCCGUCAAUAAAAUCAGCCGCUGCAUCAUCUUCAUCCAAAAACCACAGUGCAAAUGAAGGGACUUCAGCCGGCGUCCGUAACCCAAUAUUCAAUACAGAAAGAUUCGGACAACAUAUCUUGAAGAAUCCACAGAUUGCUCAAACUAUCGUGGAUAAGGCGAACCUUCGCCCCACGGAUAAAGUCCUCGAAGUUGGCCCUGGUACAGGUAACCUUACUGUCAAAAUUCUUGAACAAGCCAAAAAUGUUACUGCUGUGGAGAUGGACCCACGGAUGGCAGCUGAAUUAACGAAGCGAGUUCAGGGGAAACCAGAACAACGAAAACUCGACAUAAUCAUCGGAGACUUUGUAAAAGCUGAUCUCCCAUAUUUCGAUGUAUGCAUAUCCAACACGCCCUAUCAAAUAUCAUCACCACUUGUCUUCCGCCUCCUCUCUCAUCGACCAAUCUUUCGUGUGGCAAUUCUCAUGUUCCAAAGAGAAUUUGCCAUGAGGCUUGUUGCUCAGCCCGGGACAGAGCUCUGGUCGCGGUUAUCUGCGAACGUACAGCUUUAUUCAAAGGUAGACCUAGUUAUGCACGUCGGCAAAAAUAACUUCCGACCAGCACCGCAAGUUGAGUCGUCAGUGGUCCGACUGGUACCUCUCGAUCCUCCUCCCCCCAUCAAGUUCGAGGAAUUCGAUGGGCUGGGUAGAAUCAUCUUUUCGAGGCGAAAUAAAAUGGUGCAUGCUACAUUCAUGGCAAAAGGGGUCAUCGAGAUGCUGGAACAAAACUGGAGAACGUGGUGCUCGACUCAAAAUAAGAUAAUCGAUGACGACGCAAACAUGAAAGCUAAAGUAGAAGAAGUCCUCAGCUCAUCGGGUUACUCGGAACAGCGGGCAGCCAAGAUGACCCUUGACGAUCUUUUAAAACUGCUAUCCGCAUUUCAUGACGAGGGCAUACAUUUUGCUUGAUAGAACGUUUAUCGGAUGUAUUGUAUUAGGCUGGUGAAUAUACGCCCUAUUGCUGCACA